AUGUUUGAUAAUUAAUUUAGCAAAGGAUUUUAUUCUGUGAAUUCUACAAUUCAAGAAGGAUAUGCGUAUGCAAUCUCUUCAAAAUGGUUCAGAAAUUUUAAGACUCUCUUAAUGAAUCCAAACGGAGUUGAUAUUUCAAAAAUAGGAUCAAUUCAAAAUCACAAUAUCUAUGACACUAUUUAUGAAAUUGAUCCAAAAUUAGAUGGCUUCUUGAUACCUGAAUAAUAUAAAAUUAAUUUUCAUAGAGUUUUUAAGUUGAUACCAGGGCUUAUUUAUUGUCAAGAUUACGAAAUUGUUUCAAUAGAUGUUUGGAAAUUUCUCAAAAUGUAUUAUAAUGCAGAUUAUGAAGUAAUCGUGUUUGUUACUAAAGUUCUACCUGGUUUAAAAAAUUACUCCUUUUGUGACAAUUUAGAAGAGGGAUUAUGCGUUUGCAAUGAGAUAUUCUACUUGGUUUUGGUGAUUGUAGAAUUAGAUGAUAAGAGUAAGCUGCUGGCCAUCAAAAUGCCAGCAUGUCCUUGGAUGGAUUUGAAUAAAUUUCGAACUUUUCUGUUCUCCAACACUGAAUAUGAAUUGGACUGGUAAAAAUUUAUUAACCAUGGUCAUCUCUACUAUGACGGGAAAAAAGUGCCAUUUAAAGGCAAUAAGCUCUUAAAAGACAUGGGAAUAACAAAAGAGACCUAAAUAAUCCUAUCAUGCCCAAAUUUAACUUUUGAGGACAUCGAAGAAGAGAUUGAAACUGAUGGAGAAGAACAAUAAGUUCAAUAAGAUUUACAUACCAAGUAGGAAUUCUUAGAGAUUUUAGAACAAAAUAUGAAGCAUCAAUCAAAUGAAUUGAUUCUGAAAUCCCAAUAAGAAAUUUAGUAAUCUUUAGAGUAAAAUGAUUUCUUUUAAGUUUGA